AUAUGGUUUUAUGAGAAGCGUUGAGAUCCGGUACCACACUUUCUCUCUCUAUCCUUAUCAGCUUCUCUCUCAAGGUUCUCUUUGUCCCUUAUCACCUCACGUUCUCACUUUCUCGCCCCCAUACAAGUUUUCCACCAGCCAAGAAACGGAUAGAACAAUUUCCAUAGCCACCACCGAACGAAGAAGAAAGACAACGCAGCACACUCUCAGCUACAUGGCCUCACUCUUCGAUUUGAAUCACCGCCUCUGAACUCCCUUCUCUAUUCGCGAAAUCCGCAGGUUCGUUAACCUUCUCGGUUCCAAGCUCCGCCGAAGCCCUAGGUUGCCGUGCGGCGCUGCGAUUUGGCUGCCGCGUGUUCGAUCUGUGAAACGGUGUCGUGCGGUUAAGCUCUGAGAACCCUAGGUUUUUUUAUUUUAUUUUUGGAUCUGGAGUUUGGUAUUCGCGUGCGCGGCGGCGGCGGGUGUGGUGGUAAACCCUAGGUAUUGUUAUCUGUGGCUGCCCAUGCUAUUGGGUUGGUUUUGAUGCCGCCUGAACCAUUGCCUUGGGAUCGAAAGGACUUCUUCAAGGAGAGGAAGCACGAGAGGUCCGAGUCGCUUGGGUCUGUCGCCAGAUGGAGGGAUUCCUCGCACCACCGCGACUUCAACCGCUGGGGAUCCGCCGAGUUUCGCCGACCGCCAGGUCAUGGUAAGCAGGGUGGUUGGCACCUGUUUUCCGAGGAAUCUGGUCAUGGGUAUGCGAUUUCUCGGUCCAGCAGCGACAAGAUGCUGGAAGAUGAUAGUCGGCCGUCGUUCUCGCGGGGUGAUGGGAAGUAUGGCAGGAGCAGUAGGGAAAAUAGAGGAGGGCCCUUUGGUCAGAGAGAUUGGCGAGGGCAUUCAUGGGAGCCCAGCAAUGGUUCUAUUAGUUUUCCCAGGAGGCAGCAGGAUGUGAACAAUGACCAUAGGUCAAUAGAUGAUGCCCUAGCGUAUUCCCCUCAUCCACAUUCUGAUUUCGGGAACGCUUGGGAUCAGCACCACUUGAAAGACCAGCAUGAUAAGAUGGGUGGUGUCAAUGAUUUCGGAGCUGGCCCAAGAUGUGAUAGAGAGAACUCUCUGGGUGACUGGAAGCCACUUAAAUGGACCCGCUCUGGAAGUUUGUCAUCUCGAGGCUCAGGUUUUAGCCACUCAAGUAGCUCAAGGAGCAUGGGAGGAGCAGAUUCCCAUGAAGCGAAGGCCGAGUUGCUACCCAAAAGUGUGGCUGUUAAUGAGUCGCAUUCAGGGGAAGCAGCUGCUUGUGCCACAUCUUCUGUGCCAUCUGAGGAUACAACUUCUAGAAAAAAGCCUAGGCUGGGUUGGGGGGAGGGACUUGCAAAGUAUGAGAAGAAGAAAGUCGAGGUGCCUGAAGCAAGUGCAAACAAAGAUGGUCCUGUCUUGUCUACUAGCAACACAGAACCUUGUAAUCUCCUCAGUCCCAGCUUAGUUGAUAAAAGCCCAAAAGUUAUAGGAUUCUCAGAAUGUGCAUCUCCUGCAACUCCAUCUUCUGUUGCCUGCAGUUCCUCACCUGCAGGUAUGGAUGAUAAAUUAUUUGGGAAGACCGCAAAUGUGGACAAUGAUGUUAGUAAUUUGACUGGUUCACCUGCUCCUGUGUCUGAAAAUCAUUUUGCGAGGUUUUCUUUUAACUUAGAGAAAUUUGAUAUCGACUCCUUGAAUAAUUUGGGUUCUUCAAUUAUUGAGUUGGUACAAUCUGAUGAUCCAACUUCUCUGGAUUCUGGUCCAAUGAGGUCCAAUGCAAUUAACAAGUUACUGAUAUGGAAAGCUGACAUUUCAAAGGUGUUGGAGAUGACUGAAUCUGAAAUAGAUUUACUUGAAAAUGAACUGAAGUCACUAAAAUCUGAAUCUGGGGAAACAUGCCCUUGUUCAUGUCCAGUAGCCUUGGGCUCCCAGAUGGUAGGUGGUGAUGAAAAAUACGGUGAAGAACAUGUUGGAGUCUCUGAUCAGGUCAUCCGGCCAUUACCGCUGAAAGUUGUUGAUGAUCCCAAUACGGAGAAGAUGCCCCUUUCAACUAACUUACAUAGUAUUCAUGAAAAUGGCAAGGAAGAGGACAUUGAUAGUCCUGGGACAGCUACUUCUAAAUUUGUUGAGCCUUUGCCUUUAAUUAAAGCAGUUUCUUGUGAUACCAGGGGAUAUGAUAACUUCUCCAGGGACUUGGAUGCUGUUCAGUCUACAGCUGUGAAAUGCCUAGUUCCCUGUACUACUAGGAAAGAAGCUAGUGUGUCUACUUUUGUUGAUGGCAAUACUUCUAUGGCGCUAAAGGAUAGCAUGGAUAUUUUAUAUAAAACAAUUAUUUCUUCCAAUAAAGAAUCCGCCAACAGAGCUAGUGAGGUAUUUGAUAAGUUAUUGCCCAAAGAUUGUUGCAAGAUUGAGAAGAUGGAGGCAAGCAGUGACACAUGCACUCAUACCUUCAUCAUGGAAAAAUUUGCUGAGAAAAAGCGGUUUGCAAGAUUUAAGGAGAGAGUUAUUGCACUUAAGUUCAGAGCCUUGCAUCACCUAUGGAAAGAAGAUAUGCGCUUACUGUCUAUCAGGAAAUGCCGACCAAAAUCUCACAAAAAAAAUGAACUAAGUGUGCGAUCUACCUGUAAUGGUAUCCAGAAGAAUCGAUUGUCCAUUCGAUCACGUUUUCCCUUUCCUGCAGGAAAUCAACUAAGCUUGGUUCCAACAUCAGAGAUAAUUAAUUUUACAAGCAAACUGCUUUCAGAAUCCCAAGUUAAAGUGCAGAGUAACACCCUGAAAAUGCCGGCAUUAAUUUUGGAUGAAAAAGAGAAGAUGAUUUCCAAGUUUGUAUCCAGUAAUGGGCUGGUUGAAGAUCCCUUGGCUAUUGAGAAAGAAAGGGCUAUGAUCAAUCCUUGGACCCCAGAAGAGAGAGAAGUUUUCUUGGAGAAAUUUGCUGCCUUUGGAAAAGAUUUUCGGAAAAUUGCUUCUUUUCUUGACCACAAGACAGCGGCUGACUGUGUUGAAUUCUACUACAAAAAUCAUAAAUCUGAUUGUUUUGAGAAAAUUAAGAAGCAAGAUGGUUGUAAGCUUGGGAAGUCAUAUUCAGCAAAAACUGACUUGAUUGCAUCAGGUAAAAAAUGGAACCGUGAAUUGAGUGCUUCUUCGCUUGAUAUUUUGAGUGCAGCAUCAUUGAUGGCAGAUGGCAUUGCAGGUAACAAAAAAUUGCGUACAGGAAGCUCACUUUUGGGUGGAUAUGGUAAAGUGAAGACAUCAAGGGGUGAGGACUUCAUAGAGAAAUCAAGUAGUUUUGACAUUCUUGGGGAUGAAAGAGAAACUGCUGCUGCAGCUGAUGUAUUGGCUGGUAUAUGUGGUUCUCUUUCAUCCGAGGCUAUGAGUUCCUGCAUAACAAGUUCAGUUGAUCCUGUAGAAGGUAACAGGGAUAGGAAGUUCCUGAAAGUAAACCCUUUAUGCAAACCACCCAUGACACCUGAUGUUACUCAAGAUGUUGAUGAUGAGACUUGCUCAGAUGAGAGCUGUGGUGAAAUGGAUCCUACAGAUUGGACUGAUGAUGAGAAGACUGCUUUUCUUCAGGCUGUAUCAUCCUUUGGGAAGGAUUUUGCCAAGAUAGCACGGUGUGUUGGGACAAGGUCCCAAGAACAGUGCAAAGUUUUCUUUAGCAAGGGCCGGAAAUGCCUUGGAUUAGAUCUCAUGCGCCCAAUACCUGAGAAUGUUGGAUCCCCGGUUAAUGAUGAUGCAAAUGGGGGUGAGAGUGACACAGAUGAUGCAUGUGUUGUUGAGACAGGCUCGGUGGUUGGAACUGAUAAGUCAGGCACUAAAACAGAUGAGGACCUGCCUUUGUAUGGCACAAACACAUACCAUGAUGAAUCCCAUCCUGUGGAAGCUAGGAACCUGUCAGCUGAAUUAAAUGAAUCAAAGGAAAUUAUUGGGACAGAAGUAGAUCUUGAAGAUGCAAAUGUCACUUCUGGUGCUUAUCAAAUCAAUAUUGAUUCUGAACAGGGCUGUGAUGGUAGUGAAGUUUUCUUGUGUGUUUCUAACAAGUCUGGAUCUGUUGGUGAACAAGCAGGUAUAAUUAUGUCAGAUAGCACAGAAGUUGGAAAAGAUAAAGCAAAUAAAUUGGGAGGUGCAGCUACAGAAUUAAUUUCUGCUCCAGAUUCAAGUGAACCAUGCGAGAGUAAUUCUGUUGCUGAGGAUAGAAUGGUCGUUUCCGAGGUUUCUUCUGGUGGUCUUGGAAAUGAAUUGGAGAGGUAUAGAGUGUCUGCUACCCUAUGUGUUGAUGAUAGAGAUAAUAAAUAUGAAGCUGAUUCAGGUGUUAUAGUUGAUUUGAAAAGCUCUGUGCAUGAUUUAAGCACUAUGGUAAAUUCUUCACUCUCAUCUUUGGGCACUUCUUGUUCAGGAUUGAGUUUUUGUUCUGAAAAUAAGCAUGUGCCCCUUGGAAAGCCUCAUGUCUCUGCAUUGUCUAUGGACGAUCUUCUUGCAACUUCAAACUCAUUGUUGCAAAAUACAGUUGCUGUUGAUGUUCAAUGUGAGAAAACAGCUAGCCAAGAUCAAAUGUCCUCUACUUGUGAUAUUCAGGGAGGUAGAGAUAUGCACUGUCAGAAUUCCAUUAGCAAUGCUGGCCAUCAGCUCCCUAUUACUGGGAAUUUAUCAGACCAUGUUGAUGCUGUUAGCAUUCUCCAGGGAUAUCCCUUUCAAGUUCCUUUGAAGAAAGAAAUGAAUGGCGAUAUGAAUUGCAGCAGUUCAGCAACUGAAUUGCCUUUUCUGCCCCAUAAGAUUGAACAGGAUGAUGAUCAUAUCAAAACAUUCCAGUCGUCAGAUUCAGAUAAAACAUCCAGAAAUGGUGAUGUGAAACUGUUUGGGAAGAUACUAACCAAUCCUUCAACCACACAGAAACCUAAUGUGGGUGCUAAAGGGAGUGAAGAAAAUGGCACCCAUCAUCCUAAGUUAAGCAGCAAGUCUUCUAAUCUGAAAUUUACUGGCCAUCAUAGUGCUGAUGGAAAUUUGAAAAUUUUGAAGUUUGACCAUAAUGAUUAUGUUGGCCUUGAAAAUGUUCUUGAAAAUGUUCCCAUGAGGAGUUAUGGUUAUUGGGAUGGGAACCGAAUACAGACUGGUCUCUCGACAUUGCCUGAUUCUGCCAUCUUGCUAGCAAAGUAUCCUGCUGCCUUCAGUAAUUAUCCCACAUCUUCUGCCAAAUUGGAGCAACCAUCAUUGCAGACAUAUUCCAAGAAUAAUGAACGGCUCCUGAAUGGUGCACCCACUUUGACGACAACUAGAGACAUCAAUGGCAGCAAUGCUGUGAUUGAUUAUCAGGUGUUUAGAAGGGAUGGUCCAAAAGUGCAACCAUUUAUGGUAGAUGUCAAGCACUGCCAAGAUGUAUUCUCUGAGAUGCAGAGAAGAAAUGGAUUCGAAGCAAUCUCAAGUUUACAGCAGCAGAGCAGGGGAGUGAUGGGAAUGAAUGGUGUUGGAAGACCGGGGAUUCUUGUGGGAGGAUCGUGCAGUGGGGUCUCAGAUCCUGUGGCUGCAAUCAAAAUGCAUUAUUCCAAUUCUGACAAGUAUGGUGGUCAGACUGGGAGUAUUGCAAGAGAGGAUGAAUCAUGGGGAGGGAAAGGGGAUUGACCAGGCAGGUAGUAGAUUGUGCUGUGAGCGGCAAACACCUCUUUUUGCUGCACCCCUGUAUUAUAGUUUUUGUUAUUUGCUCAAUACAGUGUAGGGCGAUUUAAUGGUUCUCAAGCCCGUCUUUUUGGUAAAAUAUUUAGGUGCUUGUAAUAUGCAGCAGCUUUGUAUUUGUUGUAUUUGAUGAAAAUACAGAAAUAAUCUCUGAAAAAAUUAGGAGGGGCGAUUGCCAUUACCAUUGCCAUUGCCAAUUCUGGAUCCCUUGCCGCCUUCACUCACCUGCUCAUUCCUACAGGUACAACCGGUCGUCUGGAUAAUUGACAAGUUUUGAUGGUUCAUUUCGAUUUUGAGGUACUAAUUCACUGUAGCCGAGUUGGUACGGGUUUUAAUGAUUUGUUAACUCCACCCGUAGUUGCUUUGUUUAGGUAGUUUUUUAAUCACCGGCGUUUUUCUUAGUGCAGAAGUUGGGAAUUGUGAAUAUCUCUAACAGGCAGGUUGAGUUGGUACCAGUAAGUGUUUUGAGUUAACUGUUCGUCACUUUGCCUAGCGCCCAUUUUGAAAUGGAUAUUUUCAUUGUAGGAAGCGUC